AAAACCGCUACUACUCUACCGAGAGAAGCGACGCACUCUCCGGUUAAUUUUGCGCCUCUUCACCGCUCCAGAUUUCUCCUCGCGGACUCUCAACGCUCACGUCACUCGGAUUUUCUUCUCCGCGGGAUUGAGAUGUUACAUUUUCGGUCAACGGUGGUGCUCAAGGAGUUAUUUCAGACCCAGCUGAAGCGUCCGCUGACAGGUAUAGUUAAAGCGACACCUGCCGCCGCCUGCUUCAGCACCGCCGGCUCGGAUGGGAGAUCACCGGGCAGGAGGAGGGUGCUAGCCCCGCAGCACCUCACCAGGAGGCACGGAGUGAGAGACUUCUGCUCUAAGGGGGACGGACACAAUGAAGUCGGCAAGGACUCGGCGGAGAAGAGAAGGAAGGCGGGCAUCCUGCCCAGCCUGGAGGACCUGCUCUUCUACACCAUCGCAGAGGGACAGGAAAAAAUCCCUGCACACAAGUUCACCACAGCUCUUAAAGCCACGGGGCUUCGCACAGGAGACCCCCGGCUCAAAGAAUGUAUGGAGAUGCUGAAGGUGACCUUGAAGACGACCUCUGACGGAGCACUGGACCGACACCUCUUCAAAAAGUGCGUCCAGAGCAACAUCGUCCUGCUCACUCAGGCCUUCAGGAAGAAGUUUGUCAUCCCAGACUUCCAGCCGUUCUGCGCCCACAUGGACGAGCUCUACGAAAACGCCAAAAACAUGUCAGGGGGGCAGGUGGCCGACUACAUUCCCCAGCUGGCCCGCUUCAGCCCGGACCUGUGGGCCGUCGCUCUGUGCACCGUCGACGGACAGAGGCACACAGUCGGCGACACCAAGGUCCCUUUCUGUCUGCAGUCCUGCGUGAAGCCGCUGAAAUACGCCAUCGCCGUCCACGACCACGGCACCGAGUACGUGCACCGCUUCAUCGGCAAAGAGCCCAGCGGGCUGCGGUUCAACAAGCUCUUCCUGAAUGAGGAAGAUAAACCUCAUAACCCCAUGGUUAAUGCCGGCGCUAUCGUCUGUACCUCCCUCAUUAAGCAAGGGGCGAGCAACGCCGAAAAAUUUGACUAUGUCAUGAACUUCAUGAACAAACUGGCGGGAAACGAGUACGUGGGCUUCAGCAACGCCACUUUCCAGUCGGAGCGAGAGUCCGGAGACAGAAACUUCGCCAUCGGCUACUACCUGAAGGAGAAGGAGUGUUUUCCAGAGGGGACGGACAUGACGUCCAUCCUCGACUUCUACUUUCAGCUGUGCUCCAUCGAGGUGACCUGUGAGAGCGCCAGCGUCAUGGCGGCGACUCUGGCCAACGGCGGCUUCUGUCCAAUCACAGGCGAGCGUGUGCUGAGCCCCGAGGCGGUGCGAAACACUCUGAGUCUGAUGCAUUCCUGCGGCAUGUACGACUUCUCCGGACAGUUCGCUUUUCACGUCGGCCUGCCGGCUAAAUCCGGGGUCGCCGGUGGGAUUCUGCUGGUCGUUCCAAACGUGAUGGGCGUCAUGUGUUGGUCUCCUCCUCUUGACAAGCUGGGAAACAGCGUCAGAGGCAUCCAGUUCUGCACGGAUCUGGUUUCUCUCUUCAACUUCCACAACUACGAUAAUCUGAGACACUUUGCAAAGAAGCUGGAUCCUCGCAGGGAGGGAGGAGACCAGAGGGUGAAGUCGGUGAUCAACCUGCUGUUUGCUGCGUACACCGGAGACGUCUCCGCCCUGAGGAGGUUUGCGUUGUCCUCCAUGGACAUGGAGCAGAGGGACUACGACUCCAGGACGGCGCUGCAUGUGGCGGCUGCUGAAGGACACGCUGAGGUGGUUCGCUUCCUGCUGGAGGCCUGUAAAGUCAACCCAGUGCCCAGAGACAGGUGGGGAAACACGCCGAUGGACGAGGCGGUUCACUUCGGCCAUCACGACGUGGUGACCAUCCUCCGCGACUACCACACGCAGUACAGCCCUCAGGAGAAGACGGACGACAAGCAGAUCGCAGAGAAGAACCUGGACGGGAUGCUCUGAUGGAGAGACGCCGGACGGUCGUGAGUGCUGAGAAAACGUCUUAAAUUUGGAUCAGAGAGGAAAUAUAUUCAACACGUAGGAAACGUUUAAGAACGUUAAAAAACUGUACAGUGGAAAUAAUCCCAACACCCCGCCAGAGUAAAAGCUCCUCUUCAUGCUAUUAGAUGUUGUCAGGUUUUUGCAUAUUAAUGUACUUUAAGUGGGGAAAUAUUUCUGUUUUCAGUUCUCCGUCUGUAUCUCGUCGUCCGCUCAGCAUCCGAGUUCAGCUGCGGCUGACGGACUCCGUUAUUUCCUUUAAAAUAGUCGUUUUUUGUUCAUAAAACAGGAAGUAGCAGGCGUUUCGUACCCCGGUUUAAAACCUUCAUCAUCAGAACGUGGUGGAAUGUAUCUUCCCCCGAACACUUUGGCGUGUUUGUACGUGUGUGUGGUAUUUAUUUAUCUAUUUAAGAUAAAGUGUACAUUCAUGUUGUGUGUGUGUGUGUGUGUGUGUGUGUGUGUGUGUGUGUGUGUGUAUAAAUUCGUGUAAAUAUAUACAGGUGUAUAGUCGUGGUUCUGUAGUCGAUGAGCUUUGAUCACGAGCUGCGUGACGUAGAUUUCACCGUCAGUAUUUCCAUUUUAAAUUAAACAUUCAGCUUUUAAAGGUGAAUAUAAAUUAAAAGCUUUUUUGUUUUGCUAUCAAAUGGCUGUUUUUGUUUUUACCGACGCAAAAAACACUUUUUUCUUUCUUGUAUUAUUUGAUAUUUUUAUUUAAUUUUUUGUAACACGAGGAAACGAUGUAAGCGGUCAGCCAAAGUUCAGGUUGUUAGUAGAAAGAGUUUAGAUAUCACGUAUGACACUGCCAGCGCUGACAGCAGCUUGAGUUACUGUAAAACAUCCAAACAUCGACGCUUUGUUUUUCUCGUUUGACGUUUGCACUCAACGACAGAAAAAUAACUAUUGUUGAAACCAACAGCUCUUUAUUAUAAAAUCUAUGAGAUUACGUUUCCAAAGUGACUAAAAAAAAAGUCAAUUUAUGGAAAAUUUUGAAUAUUUUUCCUUUUGAUUGAAUGAUGCAGCCAUUAAAAAAACACGGAGUCCUGGAGAACUCUGAUCAGCCCCUCGAGGAUUUUGCAGGUUUUUUUCUUCUUCUUUUUAAUUUCUGUGGCCGAAAAAAAAAAAAAAAAUAGACAGACGCAUG